AACUUUUUCAAAAGUUCCUGGAGGUGUUUCGAGACACACGGCAGCCAAGUCCGAGCUGUCCCACUGCCAUUAAACCCCAAGGAAGAAGAGAAAGAAGAGUCCGAGCUGCAGAGGAACUACGGCAUUGGACUAUUUCGAAAACGCUCAAUUUCUAUGAAAUUCACUCAAGUUAACUUUAUGACGCUACGUCAUCUUAAUGUGAUUCCUUGGAACUUUAAUCACCGUGUCAUUUUUUAAAGGAUGUAUUAUUGCUAACAUAAAAAAAAAGGAGUAGUAACGCGUUUUCACAGAAAUGGGGAAUUACAGUCUUUGGAUAUUUCUGUCAAUUUUACAUCUUGUGCAAAACAGCGAAGGACUGCGCUGCGUGGAUACACACAGGCCUUGCGAAAAUGGAGGAAUAUGUAUCGAUUCAAAAUGCGUAUGCCGGCCUGGUUAUAUUGGUUUGCUCUGUCAGCAUCUAGACCCCUGUCAUCACUCGCCUUGUCUAAAUGGAGCAGCUUGCAAGACCCAGGUAGCCAACAGAAUCCCACAGUACACCUGUGUGUGCCAGCGGGGGUUUAGAGGUCAGGAUUGUUCCCUGAUUGAUGCAUGUGCCACAAAUCCCUGCGCCAAUGGUGCACGUUGCACCAACUGGAAUAAUCACUACAACUGCUCGUGCCCACCUGGGUAUCAGGGCAAGAACUGUCGCAAUGAUAUUGAUGAAUGCCGCAAACCUGGAAAGUGCCUUAACGGUGGCAUUUGCAUAAACACACAUGGCUCAUUCCGCUGUGAUUGCCAUGCUGGGUACAGCGGGCGCACAUGCGAGAUGCCCACCCAGCCCUGCGCCCCUUCACAAUGUGUCAAUGGGGGCACCUGCCAUCAGACCGGUGAACAAACCUACGAGUGUGCUUGCUUGCCAGGCUUCAAGGGACACAAUUGUGAGGAGAACGUGGAUGACUGCCCUGGAAACAAAUGCAUGAAUGGUGGGAUCUGUGUAGAUGGCGUCAACACGUACAAUUGUCAGUGUCUGCCUGAGUGGACAGGCCAGUAUUGUGCUGAAGAUGUCAACGAGUGUCUCAUGCAGCCCAAUGCUUGUCACAAUGGCGGUACAUGCUUUAACACCAUUGGAGGACACACCUGUGUAUGUGUCAAUGGCUGGACUGGGGACGACUGCAGUGAGAACAUUGACGACUGUGCUACGGCUGUCUGCUUCAAUGGGGCCACAUGUCAUGACCGUGUGGCCUCCUUUUUCUGCGAGUGCCCGGUGGGCAAAACUGGUCUGCUCUGUCAUCUGGAUGAUGCCUGUGUCAGUAACCCCUGUAAUGAGGGGGCAGUGUGUGACACUAACCCUCUGAACGGCCGGGCCAUUUGCACCUGCCCUGCUGGCUUUGUUGGUGGAGCCUGCAACCAAGACAUGGAUGAAUGUUCCAUUGGUGCCAACCCCUGUGAGCAUUUUGGGAAGUGUGUAAACACAGAGGGCUCAUUUCAGUGCCAGUGUGGACGGGGUUAUACUGGCCCUCGCUGUGAGAUUGAUAUCAACGAGUGCCUGUCCAUGCCCUGCCAGAACGACGCCACCUGCCUGGACCGUAUCGGCGAGUUCACAUGCAUCUGUAUGCCUGGCUAUCAGGGGAAGUACUGUGAGGUGGAUGUCGAUGACUGUGAGAGCAACCCCUGUGUAAAUGAUGGCAUCUGCCGAGACAUGGUCAAUGGCUUCACCUGCACCUGUCAGCCAGGGUUUACUGGCACCAUGUGUCAGAUUGACGUAGAUGAGUGCGCCAGCACUCCUUGCCAGAAUGGAGCGAAGUGCAUUGACCGUCCCAAUGGGUAUGAAUGCCGCUGCGCUGAAGGUUAUGAGGGAAGGCUGUGCGAGAGCAACAUCAAUAACUGUAAGCCUGACCCGUGCCACCACGGCACUUGCGUAGAUGGCAUUGCCAGUUACACUUGUAACUGUGAGCCUGGCUACACUGGCUACCGCUGCGAGAACCAGCUCAACGAGUGCCACAGCAACCCCUGCCAGAAUAGUGGCAAAUGUGUGGACCUUGUCAACAAGUAUAUCUGCCAGUGUCAACAUGGCACCUCAGGAACCAACUGUGAAAUCAACUUUGACGACUGUGCUAGCAACCCUUGUGACUAUGGAAUCUGCAAAGAUGGCAUAAACCGCUAUGAAUGUGUCUGCCAACCUGGCUUUACCGGGCCUCAGUGUAAAGAUGAGAUUGACGAGUGCCAGUCUAAUCCCUGUCGCAAUGGAGGAACCUGUGUAGAUGAUGAGAACGGCUUCCACUGCCAGUGCCCUGAAGGCUUUCAUGACCCGUUCUGUUAUUCACAAGUGGACGAGUGUGCCAGCAGCCCAUGUUUGCAUGGGACCUGCAGAGACAAUCCUAAUGGCUAUCGAUGUGACUGUGAGCCUGGAUGGGUGGGUAAGAACUGUGACCUAGACCGAAACAAUUGUUUGCCAAGCCCCUGCCAGAAUGCAGGCACCUGUUUCGACCAACUCAAUGGUUUCACCUGCAAGUGUCGGCAAGGUUUUAGAGGUAACUUAUGUCAGGUGAACAUCAAUGAGUGUGCCUCCAGCCCAUGUCUAAAUCAGGGCACCUGUGUUGAUGGAGUAGCCAGUUUCACUUGUCUCUGUGAGCCACCUUAUAGCGGACCCACCUGUGCAGAACUGCUCACACCUUGUACUCCAAACCCCUGUGCCAACCAUGCUUCCUGUGUGCAUACACCUGACUACCACGGCUAUCAGUGUAACUGCCAACCCGGAUGGCAGGGUCAGUUGUGUAACAUUGACAUAAAUGAAUGCACCUCUAACCCCUGUAAGAGCCGCGGGACCUGUACCAAUACUUCGGGUGGCUAUGUGUGCUCCUGCCGUGCUGGUUACACUGGACCAAACUGUGAAACAGAUAUUAAUGAAUGCUCACCAAACCCCUGUCUGAAUGGAGGAUCCUGUACAGAUGGAAUUAACUCAUUCCGCUGCAGCUGUCUGCCAGGCUUCACAGGGGCGUGCUGUGCUACCGAGGUAAAUGAGUGUCAGAGCGCCCCCUGCAAGAACGGAGGCGCUUGCACCGACUACGUCAACAGCUACACUUGCACUUGCAAACCAGGCUUCACAGGCCUUCUCUGUGAGACCAACAUACCAGACUGCACUGAAAGCUCCUGUUUUAAUGGAGGCACCUGCACUGAUGGGAUCAACGGGUUCAAAUGUACCUGCCGGUCAGGAUUCACUGGAGACUACUGCCAGUACGAGUUGAACGAGUGUGACUCUCAGCCAUGCCUUAACGGAGGAGUUUGUCAAGAUGCCCUCAAGUCAUAUCACUGCUCGUGUCCAAAAGGCUACACUGGCCCUCGUUGCCAGUAUCCAGUUGAUUGGUGCAGGCCUUCUAACCCAUGCAAGAAUGGUGGUCGCUGCAGACAGAAAGAUCCCUCCUUCACAUGUGACUGUUUGGGAGGCUGGUCAGGUCGUUAUUGUGACAUCCCAGGAGUGUCUUGUGAAGUUGCAGCCAGACAGAGAGGACUCCAAACAGAUGAGCUUUGCCACCAUGCUGGACACUGUGUCAAUACUGGCAACACACACUACUGCAAAUGUCACGCAGAUUACACAGGCAGUUACUGUGAGUCCCAAUUUGACCACUGUGAGGACAAACCUUGCCUCAAUGGUGCCACCUGUAGGAGCUACAUGGGAGGAUUCACCUGCGAUUGCAUGCCUGGUUAUGAGGGGAACAACUGCGAGAGAGAGGUCAAUGAGUGUCAGUCUCAUCCGUGUCAGAAUGGAGGAACCUGCAUUGACCUGGUGGGACAUUACAUAUGCUCUUGCCCUCCAGGCACACUAGGGGUCCUCUGUGAGAUAAAUGAGGAUGACUGUGCAACUCCCUCAUGGCCUCGGGGCAUGCCCAAGUGUCAAAACAAUGGCACUUGUGUGGACAGGGUUGGAGGGUACAGGUGUAACUGCCCUCCCGGCUUCACUGGAGAACGCUGUGAGGGAGACAUCAACGAGUGUCUUUCUAACCCCUGCAAAACCUCCAACAGCUUGGAUUGCAUACAGUUGCCAAAUGAUUACCAGUGCAUGUGCAAACCCGGAUUCACAGGACGAGGGUGUCAGAAUAGAUUUAGUGUGUGCGAAUCUCAGCCCUGUAAGAACGAAGGAGUAUGCUCCUUGUCCAGCAGCUCACCACUGGGAUACACUUGCACCUGUCAGCUUGGGUACGCAGGUGCUAACUGUGAGAGGAGCGUGAACUGCAAAGGGCUGCCUUGUUACAAUGGCUGCUCCUCCAAACCUUGCCGCAAUGGAGGCUUGUGUACAGAGGAGACCAGCUUCCCUUUUUUCCACUGCCAGUGCAUCAGUGGCUGGAAGGGCAACCGAUGUGAACAGGAAACAAGGGCUUUGCCCCAUUGCCCUAUUGCUGAAUGUCAUGGCAAGGCCAAUGACGGUGUGUGUGAUAAAGAAUGUAAUUCGUUUGCCUGCCGCUGGGAUGGAGGUGACUGCUCUCUGGCUACAAACCCCUGGGCAUACUGCACAGACCCUCGCUGCUGGCAGCUCUUCAACAACAGUCAGUGUGAUGAGUUCUGCAACAAUGCAGAGUGCCUUUAUGAUAACUUUGACUGUAAGAACAAAGAGAAAGUCUGCAACCCUAUCUAUGAGGCAUACUGUACCAACCAUUACGCAGAUGGGCACUGCGAUCAAGGCUGCAAUAAUGAAGAGUGUGGCUGGGAUGGACUGGAUUGUGCAGAGAAGAUUCCAGAAGACCUUGCAGAAGACGUGCUGGUUAUUGUAGUUCUGCUGCCUCCUGAGGAGCUGCUAAGGACACAAACUGCUUUCCUGCAGAAACUAAGUGCAAUCCUGCACACCUCACUGCGUUUCCGUUUAGAUCAGAAUGGGGAAUACAUGAUCAAACCCUAUACAGGCCGUGAGCCACGCAUUAAACGGGAGCUUCAACCUCAGCAGGAGGUCAUUGGGUCCGUUGUAUACUUGGAAAUAGACAACAGGCUCUGCUCACAGGGUUCAGAUGACUGCUUCCGCAGUGCUAACAGCGCUGCUGAAUACCUGGGUGCUUUGUCUGCUCAGGAGAUGUUAAAUUUCCCAUACCCCCUGAAGGAAGUGCGCAGUGAAAUAAUUGAAGAUCCUGAGAUUCCUGGCUGGGCUAGGCUACUAUUAGUAGGAGUAGCUUCUCUCUUCUUGUUGGUAAUCUUGAUGGUGGGCAUGUUGAUUGCCCGCCGCAAACGUGAACACAGCACACUCUGGUUCCCUGAGGGCUUCUUCCUGAAGAAGGAAACAAGCAGUAACAAGAACCGCAGAGAACCUGUGGGACAAGAUUCCCUGGGCAUGAAACACAUGCCAAAGACAGCGAAAGAGUCUCUACUGGCAGAUCACAGUGACCAGUGGAUAGACACAGACUGCCCAGAGGCAAAACGGCUUAAGGUGGAAGAGCCCAGUAUUCUGUCUGAUGGUGAGGACGCAGUUGACAGCAGACAAUGGACACAGCACCACUUGGCAGCGGCAGAUAUCCGUAUGCCUCCUUCCAUGGCUCUCACUCCUCCACAAGGAGAGUUUGACAGUGAUUGCAUGGAUGUCAAUGUCCGAGGCCCUGAUGGCUUCACACCCCUGAUGCUGGCAUCCUUCUGUGGAGGUGGGCUGGAGCCAGAGGUGACCGAAGAUGAUGAUUCAGAAGAAUCCUCCGCCAACAUCAUAUCUGACCUUAUUUACCAGGGAGCAUCGCUUGCAGCUCAGACCGACCGCACUGGAGAGACCGCUCUGCAUCUGGCAGCACGUUAUGCCCGAGCUGACGCAGCUAAACGGCUCCUGGAUGCUGGGGCUGAUGCAAACGCACAGGAUAACACAGGCCGUACACCUUUGCAUGCAGCUGUAGCAGCUGAUGCCCAGGGGGUAUUCCAGAUUCUGAUCAGGAACCGUGCCACAGACCUGGAUGCACGCAUGUAUGAUGGCUCCACUGCUCUGAUCCUUGCAGCCCGUCUGGCAGUAGAAGGCAUGGUGGAAGAGUUGAUCACCUGUCAUGCUGAUGUCAAUGCUGUUGAUGAAAUCGGAAAGUCAGCUUUGCACUGGGCAGCAGCAGUCAACAAUGUUGAAGCUACAAUUGCCUUGUUGAAGAACGGUGCCAAUAAAGAUAUGCAGGACCUUAAGGAGGAAACUCCACUAUUCUUGGCUGCCAGGGAAGGUAGCUGUGAGGCUGUAAAGGUGUUGUUGGCUCACUUUGCUAACAGGGAGAUAACAGAUCACAUGGACAGGCUUCCUCGAGAUAUCGCCCAGGAGCGCAUGCACCAUGAUAUUGUACAGCUAUUGGAUGAAUAUAACACUGUAAGAAGUCCGCAGGGACAUGUAGGGGCAGGUCACCACCUAUCCGGUAGCCACACCCUCUCACCACUCAUGUGUCCUCCCAGCAACUUCCUCCAAGGGCUGAAAAGCACCCCGCAGUGUAAGAAGAACCGUCGCCCAGGGGCUAAAGGCAUAGGUGGACAACACACUACCAACCUGAAAGAAUCAGCCAAAGCACGUAACAAACGGCUGACGCUAGACAUGCAGAGUGCUUUGUUGGAGAGUUCCGUCACGCUCUCCCCUGUCGACUCGCUGGAUUCGCCACGCGGAGGUGCCAGCAAUGCCGGCUACAUCACCAAUCCAACCUCACCGGCUGCCAUGCCCUCUCCUGGCCUUUUCCACUCCUCCAUGUCUGUCCCUACCACUCCAAUGGUGCACAGCAGUAUUUUGAAUGGCACCAGCCCUUUUGCAGUCUCCCUAGCUCAGCUGAGCGACCUGAGUGAUGGUGGGCUCUCAAUGCACGGUCGUGUGGCCAUGCAAGGGGGCGGCGUCAACCAAGGCCCCCACAACUGCGUGCUGAAUGCCGGCCAGAUGAGCCUCAACAUGGGUAUAGUAAGUCCAGUAAGCGUGCCAUUUGACUGGCACAACCGCAUGCCCCCCUCUUCUCAAUGCAGUCAGACCAUGGUCAACAUUAUGCAUCCAGUAAGUAGCCAAGCUGGCAUGCUCCCUCAGACACCGACCCUGCAGCAAAGCAGCAUGCUCAUGCACCAGCAACAGAUGUUCCGUAAUGCCCAGCAGUCCAUCCUGCAGCCAACACCCGUCUCCAACACACCCUCUAUUAGCCCAGCCAAACUGCCACCCAUUGCAGAGCAGCAGCAGCAGCAAAUUCACACCCACGCCCUCACCAACCCCAGCCUUACCCGCAUGGGCUCCUCCACUCCCCCGACCCCACAACAGACACAGCCUCCUCCAGCUUUCUACCAGCCACAGCAGCCACAGACUCAGCCACCGCAAGCCUCAGCAGCUCCUCAGGCUUCACAAGCACAGGCUAUGCCAUCUCAGGCACACCCGGCACAGGUGAGCGUUAGCACCACAGGGCCGGAGGAUUACCCCACACCGCCCUCCCAGCACAGCUGCAGCUCUGCCAUGGAUGCGACACCCAAGCAUUACCUGCAUGUGCCCAGUGAACAUCCUUACCUGACCCCUUCUCCAGAGUCUCCAGAGCCCUGGUCCAGUCCCUCUCCUCACUGUGUGUCAGAUUGGUCUGACUCCACCCCCAGCCCAGCCGUCACAGUUCCUACCCAGACCCAGAUUUCACAUGUCCAGGAGUCCAAUGGGAAGAUGCAGGUGUUUGCUUGAGCAACUCAAACUACCUAUAAUGUUUGUGACUUUAAGAGAGUAGAGUUGUCAAGCAUCAAACUAGGACUUAUUUUUUUUACUUACCCGUCAGCCCAUUUCCAAGAUUUUAUUUGGAUUAGGAUUGACUGUUUUGCAUCAAAAAGACUGUCUGCUGAUGUUUGCAGAAAGAAAGUUAAAGGGAAAUUUCUGUUGUCUUAAAAAGAAAAGACAAUUUAAUGAAGUAAGACGUUCUGUCACAGAUGGACUUUAAUUAUAAAAAAAAAAGUA